ACGACUUUGGCCAUGCCGCUGGUACGGUUAACCCCCUGGGGAUUUAACCAGACGCAACACAACUUAAAGAGUAUCAUUUAUUGCCGGAAAGAGAUAGGGAGAGUUUGUGAGGAUGAGGAUGAGGAUGAUGAUGUUAUGGUUGUGCUUUCUAACUUCAGUUGCUCUCAACGUCUUUCUACUCGCAUAUCAGAAUCGGAAUCAUGAGCAGAAGCAUGGCUGGAGUAGACGAGCUGCAGAAGAAGCGGAGGCUGUUGCUGCAUUCAACUGUUCUGGCCAUGGAAGAGCUUAUUUAGAUGGAGAUGGUCCUGUCUGUGAGUGCAACCAGUGCUACGAAGGUCCUCACUGCUCCUUCCUCAAUUUCAGCCAUCGCUGUGUUGUUGAUGCAUAUAGUGGAGAUCCGAUGUAUUUGGAGCCGUUCUGGAUGCGAAAGCAAAAUGCAGAGAGCAGUGCAGUGGUGAUAGCAGGAUGGCAUAGAAUGAGCUACUUUUUUCAAGAUCUAUCCUACAUUUCCCCUCAGCUCGUCCUCCACAUUCGCCGCCUCCAUUCUCUCGUCAAUAACGCCGUCGUCCACAGCAAGCACAUCGUCCUCGGCACCGGAUCCACUCAGCUCAUCUCCGCUGCAGUUUUUGCACUUUCCAUCCGCGACAAUCUCUCCUCCCCUGCACAGGUCGUCGCCACCGCCCCUUACUAUCCGGUAUACGAGACACAAACAGACUACUUCCGAACUGCUCGAUUCGAGUUCGGCGGCGAGGCGUCGUCGCUGAACAAAGCCUCCGGCGAUGUAAUCGAGGUCGUUACUUCGCCGAACAAUCCAGAUGCGCAAUUGAUGAACAGAGUUCUUACUGGACCUAAUGUGAAGGCGGUGUACGAUCGUGCCUACUAUUGGCCUCAUUACACCGCGAUUCCAGCUCCGGCCGACGAAGAUCUGAUGCUCUUCACCUUGUCCAAGGUCACGGGACACGCCGGAAGCCGCUUAGGGUGGGCUAUAGUGAAGGACAAGCAGGUCUCGGAGAAUAUGAAGCAGUACAUCAAACUUGCGGAGAUAGGAAGCUCAAAGGAAACUCAACUCAGAGCUCUGCAACUCAUCAAAUCCUUUCUCCGGCAAGGUGACGGAAAGCAAAUAUUUCGAUUUGCCUACGAGACAAUGAGCAAUCGGUGGGAAAAGCUAGGUAAAAUCAUGUCGUCGUCGAAGCGUUUUAGCAUCCAACAAAUCCCUCCGCAGUUCUGCAUCUUCUCCGACCGAGUGAGGGAAGCGUCGCCGGCGUAUGCGUGGGUGAAAUGCGAGAGGGAAGAAGACAGAGACUGUUGUGCGGUCCUCCGCGCAGCAAAUAUCGUCGGCCGAGCAGGUAGCCUCUUCGGAUCCGACGAUCGUUACGUACGCCUCAGCCUUCUGAAGAUCCAGGAUGACUUCGACUUGCUGCUUCGUCGAUUAUCGAUCCUUGUUUCUCAAGAACAAGGAGGGAGCCGAGCAGAUUCCAUGUGACUCUCACUCACUCACAAACCACAAUCCUCCUUUAUCUCAGCCAAUGAUUCGUUGGCUUUGAAAUGUCAUUUACUCCAUAUUAGCGUCUUUUUUUUUUGUAAGGUUAAUGGGUCUUAAAAUAAAGAAGGUAUAUAUUAAUUAUUAAGACCCGAACUUGGGCUUGGGCCUGAAUUUAUUUCAUUGAGCUCAUACUUGGCCAUGUAGGCUUGAUCCGCUAGAUGACUUGGAAGACUAACACUCAAAGCCAAUAUGUUGGGCCCAAGUAAGGCCCAUCGGAUAACAUCACUGCCAGAUCAUGCACAAGGUGUUCGCCAAAGCCUCUGAUAUUUAACGAGGUUGGAAUU